AUGUUUAAUGAUACUCAAACAGAUAUAAACUCUUCAUCUGUGGCCAGCUACAGGCCAGUUUUUUCUUGCCCACAAAGUCCAAACUUUGUGUGGGACACAACUAAUGAAAUUUUCCCCUGGAUAAUGGUCGCAAUCGUAUCUAUCGCAUCACCUGCUGCAGUCAUUUUGAACAUUUUGGUCAUCUCAGCAGUGAAAUCAAGAAAGGAACUGCAAAAAAACUCGAACGUUUUGUUGUCGAGCAUGGCUGUUGCGGACAUUUUGGUAGGUGCUAUAAACAUGCCUUUAUCAGCCCUUGUUGAAUUUGUCAUUUCCCGGCAAGUUUAUAAUAACGCCAUUUGUCAGGUAGACGUGGUUAAUGUUUACUUGAUGUUCGCUUUUACGGGUUGUUCUCUUUAUCAUUUAACCUUGAUCGCUUGGGAGAGAUACCAGGCAAUAGGGAAAUGUUUUGAGUACAAAGCUAAAAUGACAAAACGUCGCCUCAAGAAACUCGCAAUAACAGCUUGGUUCUUAGCCGCGUUAACAAGUAUUCCAGGCAUUGUGCUAACAGCCCUGGGCAUCAACCAUUAUUUUAUCAUGGAGGCUAUGGCUGCAUUUUUCGCGUUAAUUCUCAUCCCCUACUUUUACAUCAUGGUUUAUCGUGAAACGCGCAAACGUAAACUAACACACAUUACCCAAAUAACUUUUCUGGUAAAAGCAAAACUCGAAAACAGAGUUGCUAUCACGUGUACAUUGGUCUCGACAGCUGUGAUUGUUUCCUUUGUUCCCUUGGUAACUGUUGGCUUGUUGGGAGAAUUGUACCCAGUCCUUCACAACAAUUACGUCUUUCGGUCGGCAGAGACUCUACUGCAAAUGAACUCUAUAGUGAAUCCACUUAUUUACUGCUACAGAAACCGUCGCUUUAGAAACAUCGUUCUCGAGAUCUUAUGCAUUAGAAAUCCCCCUGCUGCUAAGACAAAAGUUGGUCCCAGCCAAGUUGGUGCAAUAAAGAAAAGACCUGUAUCAGCUCCUUCAGUGAGAUUACGCAGCAACCCUCCGCACACGCAGAAUCCCUCGGCCAUUUUAUCAGUUGUUGCGACAGUCCACCCGCAAAGGUCGCAAGGACAUGGUGAUUCUUUUUCAAUGUUUCACCCUUCAUCUUCCACAGAUUCAAAGAAAAGUUGGAAAGUUAAAUGCAAUCCUUUAAAUGUGUCUGAUCCACCACAAGAUCUGAUAAGGGAACAAUACGCGUUCAAUCGAAAAAAUCUGAGUAAAUAUCUAACAAGAUCUGCCUCAUAUAAUGAGAGUGCAGGUUCAUGUGGAACUUCGCCUCGAUCUCCUGCAAGUCUCUUGAAAAGAAGUAUGUCAGCCCCAUCGUUAGGUCAGAUCAAACGUUCCUGCGAUGACACUCUGCACUGAGUCUUAUACGUCUUUUGUUGAGACAUCAGCCUUGAUUGCUUUCACCAUAAGUAUUACCCUCCGCGCGGUCACUUCUGAAUGUUAGAAACAUGCCACUACAGCUAGCACCCGUAUGAACACGUCACUUGCAUUCCAAAUUUCAUUUUGUACGGAAAAAUGCGAUAAAUAAUGACCAAAACAACACUAACCACAACAACAAUAAACAAUUAUUGAACGAGGUUGAGCAAAAUAUCAUGAUUUGUCAGUGCAUAGCGAGCAGAUCAAUUAUAAUUUUGCCGAAGCCGACGGCUGAGGCAAAUUAAUGAUCUGCGGGACACUGAAAAAUCACGAUAUUUUGCGAUAACCCAGUUCAAUAAUUGUCUUAUCAUUCAGUCACCGGUUUGUUUUUUUAAUUGAAUAUCGCUCUCUGAAAGGUCAGCGAAGCGAUCUGCCAUUUUUUCGCAAGAGCGAUCACAAGAAGAAGGAAAGAGUGGUUUCAUUUACCCAUGAGCAGAACAUUAUUUACAGCCAAAACACUUAGCCAAAACACAGGUAGACGGCAUUGCGCAUGAACAGACAUUAUUUGAAGGCAGUUAUGUGCAGGUCACGUGGUGGGUUCUCGGCCAAUGAAAAGGAAGAAUAGCCUACGGUAUUCACGACACACUAUAUUUACUAGAACGAGUUAAUUAUGGGAAUCUUCUCUUAAUUCAAGGAAUUCAAAAGGGGUUGGCAAAGGUACGGAUUUCACAGUAACUACAAGUAUGGGUGCUUCGGUGACGGGAUAGGUCCUUCUGAUCAACGUUAAAUCAGUUUCCUUAAACUGUACUCAAAUUCUUCCAUCAAAGCUGCGAAUAAUUAUUCUUGUGAAUAUUCUUUAUAUAUUUCGACUAGCAGUUUACUUCAUGUUUUUUGUGCUGUACACCAUACAUGAAACGUUCAUGGAAUUGUCAUAAGCGUUGGACAUUUGGCAGGUUUAAAGGUCUUAAUGGCCAUACAAUUCUUGCCCGUGAAAGUUGAGCUACCUAUAAGUAAACUUACUUUUGAUCACUUUUUCAGAAAAUUAGAGCGGCUAAUGGAGCCCAAAUUAUUAUUUUUGAAAGAUUGGUUGAAUCUAUAAGAAACCUACCUACCUAUAUGGUAAUCACCCGCGAUUAAGAACCUAUUUUUUGAAGUCAAAAUAGUUUCUUCUCCCAAGUGUCAAAGUUAACAUUCACUGAACCUGUCUGAUUAGCCUGAAGGUGGAGCAGGAACGCGUGACGAACCCAUAAGAACAUCUGCUUGGGAGGCUAACCUAUUAUUUAACAAUUCAGUAAUGAAUGAGGCUAAGUAUCUUAUGAAGAAUUAUGGAGAUCGAGGAGAGUGUCGGCCGAGGCGGAUAACACCCUCCGAGAUCUCCAUAAUUCUUCAUAUGAUACGAAAGCCGAAUUCAAUAAUUGUUUUAUUAUUCAUUCAAAAUAUUUCUUUCUUAUUGUCAUGUUCACUUUUGUGGUCCGCAGUCACUUGUGUUAAUUUCUUUGAUGGCUUUCCAAUUACGUUGCAAUUGCUCUAACAUAAUAUAUAUUUUUAUUUUUUUGCCGAUGUUAGGCUGAAAACAUUAUUGUGGAAAAUAUUCUUUGAUUUAAGCGCUGAUUUAAUUUCGACCAGCGGUUAAUAGAAAGAGUUCGUUACGUCACGUUGCCAUGGUAGCAAAAUUUCUGGAUCUCAACAAACCGUGGUCCUGCAAAUACGAAAGAAAAAAAAAAAAAAAAAAAAAAAACUCUGCACUGAGUCUUAUACGUCUUUUGUUGAGACAUCAGCCUUGAUUGCUUUCACCAUAAGUAUUACCCUCCGCGCGGUCACUUCUGAAUGUUAGAAACAUGCCACUACAGCUAGCACCCGUAUGAACAUGUCACUUGCAUUCCAAAUUUCAUUUUUUACUGAAAAAUGCAAAAAAUAUACAACAAAACAACACUAACCACAACAACAAUUAACAACUAUUGGACGAGGUUGAGCAAAAUAUCAUGAUUUGUCAGUGGCGAGCAGAUCAAUUAUAAUUUGGCCGAAGCCGACGGCUGAGGCAGAUUAAUGAUCUGCGGGACACUGAAAAAUCACGAUAUUUUGCGAUAACCGAGUUCAAUAAUUGUCUUAUCAUUCGGUCACCGGUUUGUUUUUUAUUGAAUAUCGCUCUCUGAAUGGUCAGCGAAGCGAUCUGCCAUUUUUACGCAAGAGCGGUCACAAGAAGGAGGAAAGAGUUGUUUCAUUUACGCAUGAGCAGAACAUUAUUUACAGCCAAAACACAGUUGGACGACAUUGUGCAUGAGCAGACCAUUAUUUGUAGGGAGUUAUUUACAGGUCACGCGGUGCGCUCUCGGCCAAUGAAAAGGAAGAAUAGCCUAAAGUAUUCACGACACACUAUAUUUACUAGAAAGAGUUAAUUAUGGGAAUCUUUUCUUAAUUCAAGGAAUUCAGUGGGGGGUUGGCAAAGGUACGGAUUUCACAGUAACUACAUGUAUGGGUGCUCCGCUGACGGGACAGGUCAUUCUGAUCAACGUUAAAUCAGUUGACAUAAACUGUACUAAAAUUCUUCCAUCAAAGCUGCGAAUAAUUUUUCUUUCUUGGGAGGACACAUGGUCCGGUCAAGUCUGCCUUCUGUACAGACUUUUCCAAGGCUUAGUGAGGCCGGGCACGGAGUAUUAAGGCGGGGUGCUGGAGAUGAGCAAGCAGCGCGGGAUGAUGGGAACGAGCGCAGAGCGCGAGCAGCGAAUGAUGGGAAGGAAAUGGCAGCUUCCCAUCACUCUCUUCCCUCUCCCAAGAAGGUGAUCGUGAGCGACUGGGAACCAGGUAUCGUUCAUUGGCUACCCUGUGUAAAACUGGAGACUUAGUACCCGCACCCCCGAAACGCCCGUAACGUACUGCUCGUGCGGAUCCACUUCCCUUGCAUCGCUUAUGACGUCGUCAGUUUUAACGGUCAGGGAAACUUUGUCACCUAACUUGUGCAGCGUGAAGAGAUCUUUCAAACCAUACCAGAAUGAGGAAGAUUUAUUCAAUUCGGAGAGAGAAAGGGCAAAACCAUGUAAAGGUGUCGAAAAUUCCGCUAAAAAUCUAGUCUAUGUGUUUUCUUUCCUUUGUGUAAAGAGCGAUUUCCUUUGACCGAGAACAAUUCUUGCAAGGACCACUGGGACAAACAGCAGGGGAGAGAAGCCGGCUCUUGGGGUAGAUCAGGAGCAACAGUGUAG